UGACACGGCACGAAGGGUCCAUGGCAUAAGCAGCUGUAUGUCCCACAUAACAUCAUGAAUAAUUCACAUCAUGUUCCUUGUAAUUUCCACUUUUUCCUGUUUAAGCUUUUGUGGUUUCCUCGGAGGCAAGAGCGAACCAUUUCCAUCCUCUGUCUGAUGUUGUAAGUUCCAGUUACUUGCCUGGCAUCCUUUUCCUUCUAUCCAUUUCUCGACAAUUUGCAUCCCGUGUGGUAUCUGCUAUUUUCAUUUGCCUCCAUUCUUUUCUUCCGGUGAUUCGGAGAGAUAAUGGACAGAUUUUCGCUCUGUGCCAUUUUUAUUCUAGUCCUCUCUGUCUGUACAAUCUGUAGUGUUAGCAAUGUUCAUGCUGUGGAACCUCUAUCCACUCUAUGUUCUUAUCAAUACGGAAACUAUUCCGCCAACAGUACUUUCGAGAACAACCUAAAACUCCUCCUCCAAUCUCUCACUUCCAAUACUCCAAUCACCGGCUUCAAUGACACCUCGGUUGGGAACUCCACUGCCCAAGUCUAUGGGCAGGCACUGUGCCGAGGGGACACCAACUCCACUGAGUGUCGGGACUGCGUGAAAAUCGCAGCACAAGGCAUUAUGAGUCAGUGUAAUAAGUCCCUGGAUGCUUUAAUAUGGUACGAGCGCUGCCAAGUCCGGUACUCAGUCAUGAACUUCUUCUCCCUGAUGGUUUACACCGGAAAGUACACAGAUUCCAACUACCCGAGAAAUGUUACAGCUAAUCCUGCUCGGUUAUAUUCCCACUGGAUAUACAUGAUGACUAAUAUAUCAGGUGAGGCUGCCUUUGAUCCUUCCCUUCAGAUGUUUGCAACUGGGGUAGUGAACUUUACGGCAUCAAGAGCAAUUUACGGACUUGUGCAGUGCACAAGGGAUAUCUCUGCAAGUGAUUGCAAUAGCUGCUUGAGGCAAGCCUUGGGUGAUCUUCGGACAUGCUGUUAUACGAGAGAGGGCGGGAUGAUUUUGAGCAGAAACUGCAAUGUGAGGUUUGAGCACUACCAGUUUUAUAAUGGACCGGUCACUUCUGUAUUGACUUACCAUUACUCUGAAGGAAAUAGAUGGAAGAAAUGGAUUAUUGUGCUCGUACUCUGUGUACUUGGGUCCGUAUCAUUUGUUGUCAUUGGCUAUUGCGCAGUCUUUUUCAGUCGGAGAAGAAAGGAUGAAUUUGAUGAUGAAAGAAGCCGCAGUGCAUUGUUCCAUGACUAUGCCGCCCCAGUUGGAGUGGCAAUCACAGAAGCAGGAGAUUUAGUGAGUUCCGACGAACUUCCUUUCAUGGACCUGACCAUAGUAAAGGCUGCUACAGAUGAUUUUUCAAGCUCAAACAAGCUCGGACAAGGUGGGUUUGGAGCCGUUUACAAGGGAGUGCUCUCCGAUGGGACGGAAGUAGCAGUGAAGAGACUGUCGAGGAAGUCAUGGCAAGGCCUGGAGGAGUUCAAGAACGAGGUCAUGUUAAUAGGGAGACUUAAGCACAGGAAUCUCGUGCGGCUUAUAGGAUGGGGCAUGGAGGGAGACGAGAAGCUGCUCAUAUAUGAAUUCAUGCCCAACAGAAGCCUUGACAUCUUUAUCUUUGACCCAGAGAAACGAACAGAGCUCGAUUGGAGAACAUGUUACUUGAUAUUAGAUGGGAUAGCCCGUGGAUUAGUCUACCUUCACGAGGACUCGAGGCAUAAAAUCAUUCACAGGGAUCUGAAACCAAGCAAUGUGCUGCUGGACUGUGGCAUGGAGGCUAAGAUAUCAGAUUUCGGGAUGGCCAGAAUUUUCGGCGAGAAGCAAAUCACAGCUAACACCAAAAGGGUUGUUGGAACAUAUGGUUACAUGGCUCCGGAGUAUGCAAUGGGUGGACACUUCUCGGUAAAAUCGGAUGUGUUCAGCUUCGGGGUUGUUAUGCUCGAAAUCAUAAGCGGGAAAAGGAACAAUGGAUUUUAUCUCACCGAACUCGCCCAGACUCUCUUAGCAUAUGCUUGGAAGCUAUGGCAGGAAGGGAAAGAGCUCGAGUUUGUGGACCCUUCACUCCUGGACUCAGGCUCGACAUCAGAAAUAGUACGGUGCGUCCAGAUUGGAUUACUUUGCGUACAGGAAGAUCCAGCAGAUAGACCCACAAUGUCUGAGGUUGUGACUCUAUUAGGGAGCGAAAUGAGGAUCCCGCCGGAACCAAAACAACCUGCAUAUUCAGUGGGGAGAGUUGUUCCCGUGCCUGACCAGUCCUCCGGUACUGGUCAUUCUGCUAAUGAAAUGACUGCUUCUACUAUCUUCCCUAGAUGAACUGCUUGACAUCGGUUUCUAAAUUGUGUUGGUAAUCUAUUGCGUAUAGCAAUGUCAAAAAUGGAUGAUUUUCUCAGAUAAGUGUAUUACUUGUACAUACAUUACCUUUUGAAUAGUGAGAUAGAUUAAAUCACCUAUCAAAAAGAAAAAAAGGAUGAUUUCAUAUGUAACAUCUUGAAUGAAGGCAAACGUGUUUUGCAUUGCAUGGCCUCGAGAA